UGAUAAAAUAACUCAAAUCUUGGAUCUCUUCAGUGUUCUUUCUUCUCCGUUCGCCUCCAUUUCUUCUCGUCUUAAGAGACGAAACCCUAAUCCUGUCCUUCGUGCAGAUCUGCGUAGGAGAAGAUGAGGGAGAUUCUACACAUCCAGGGUGGACAAUGUGGCAACCAGAUCGGGGCGAAGUUCUGGGAGGUGAUCUGUGACGAGCACGGGAUCGAUCACACCGGUAAGUACAGUGGCGACUCCGAGCUUCAACUCGAGCGGAUCAACGUCUACUACAAUGAGGCGAGCGGGGGAAGGUAUGUUCCUAGGGCCGUGCUUAUGGAUCUGGAACCCGGGACGAUGGAUUCGGUUAGAUCGGGUCCGUUUGGGCAGAUCUUUCGUCCGGAUAAUUUUGUCUUUGGACAGUCGGGUGCGGGGAAUAACUGGGCGAAGGGACACUAUACCGAGGGUGCUGAACUCAUUGAUUCUGUGCUGGAUGUGGUGAGGAAGGAGGCGGAGAACUGCGAUUGCUUGCAAGGAUUCCAAGUAUGCCAUUCUUUGGGUGGAGGAACAGGAUCUGGCAUGGGCACCCUGCUCAUUUCGAAGAUCAGAGAGGAGUACCCUGACCGGAUGAUGCUGACAUUCUCAGUUUUCCCAUCGCCUAAGGUCUCGGAUACUGUCGUGGAGCCAUACAAUGCUACUCUGUCAGUUCACCAGCUUGUUGAGAAUGCCGACGAGUGCAUGGUUCUCGAUAAUGAGGCUCUUUAUGAUAUUUGUUUCCGCACUCUCAAGCUCGCCACCCCUACAUUUGGCGAUCUGAAUCACCUCAUAUCUGCCACCAUGAGCGGCGUCACGUGCUGCCUGCGCUUCCCUGGACAGCUAAAUUCCGACCUCCGGAAGCUCGCCGUCAACCUCAUUCCUUUCCCCCGCCUCCAUUUCUUCAUGGUCGGCUUUGCUCCCCUAACAUCCCGUGGAUCCCAACAAUACCGCGCCCUCACCGUCCCCGAGUUGACUCAACAGAUGUGGGAUUCCAAAAACAUGAUGUGUGCUGCCGAUCCCCGCCAUGGCCGUUACCUCACCGCCUCGGCCAUGUUCCGCGGAAAAAUGAGCACUAAAGAGGUAGAUGAGCAAAUGAUCAACGUUCAGAACAAGAACUCGUCCUAUUUCGUGGAGUGGAUCCCUAACAAUGUGAAGUCCAGCGUGUGCGACAUCCCCCCCAAGGGACUCAAAAUGGCUUCGACCUUCAUUGGAAACUCCACCUCCAUUCAGGAGAUGUUCAGGAGAGUGAGCGAGCAGUUCACCGCCAUGUUCAGGAGGAAGGCUUUCUUGCACUGGUACACUGGCGAGGGCAUGGACGAAAUGGAGUUCACUGAGGCGGAGAGCAAUAUGAAUGAUCUGGUGGCGGAGUAUCAGCAGUAUCAGGAUGCGACCGCAGAGGAGGACUACGAGGAGGAAGAGGAGGAUGCGGAAGCUUGAGGUGAACCUCUCUAUUAAAACCGAACUGAACUUCUAUAUCGUCAUUUUCAUCUAAUUUGCUUCUAGUGUGUUUGGUAGGAGGAAGGAUGGGGUUUGGGAUAUUUUUCUAAUAUGUAGGAACUUAAUUCUGUGCUGGUUUGUUUAAAAUUUUCAGUUUGACGUUGAAAUGGGUUUUUGUGUAUGACGUUGAAUUCUUGUGUACUGCUGUGCUGUUUUCUGCUUCAGAAUGUUGGUUUUUUUUCA